AUGGCAACUCUAUGCCGCCAUUUGCCGUCAAACCGGAUUCGGAUUGACAUAUUCACCUUCCGACCACAUGGAGUUGAACAACUCGAUCCAUACUUGCUCUCAGAAUCCUUUCGUGCUUGGGCACUUGCUCUGGAAACUAAUUCACCACUAAGGGAGAGCGAGAAUGCAUGCGUCCACAUUGCACCCGUUCUCUUAAACCUCGUCAACGCUCAACAGCUUCUCGAUGGAAGGGAUAUAAAUGAUGAUGGUGCUGCUAACUUCCAGGUACCUCGACUCCAAAAUAAUCGUAUCGAUUUGGAAGCACUUUCUGACGCAGAUUUCCGUACGAUGUUCAGAUUUACCGAUAAAGGUGAUUCAGAGUCUGAUCCUGCUUCUUCAACAUCAUCCACAGGAUCCGUUUGGGAUAUAUCCUCAAUCGACAAUCUCUGA